AUGAGAAGGAACAUUAACGAAGAUAUUGAUCUUUCUUUUUUGACGACUCAAAAAGAAAAGAAUAAGUUUCAAAAAUUCAAUGAUGAAGCAGAGAAGUUAUUAAAUCAAAUGGAAAGAUGUAAGGUUUGGACUGAUAUUCUUCAAAUGGUUCAAACCUUUACUAAAUUUAUUAAAAAUAACAAAGAGUUUCCGGUUGUUCCGGCUAAACAAACAUUUAUGAGAAGAAUGGCACAAGCACUAGAUCCACAAAUACCAGCUGGAGUGCAUAACCAAGUAUUAGAAUUAUUUUCAUUAUUGUUUGAAAGAAUAGGACAAAACAGAAUCAUGGCUGAUAUCUGGUGUUUUACACCAGGAAUUUUUCCAUUAAUACGAAGUGGAGCAACAGAUAUUAGAACAAAGAUAUUAGAUAUAAUUAUUAAAUACAUACUUCCUUUAAUUUCAAAUAUUCCAGAUAUUCAAAAAGCAUUUAUUAUUUCUGUUAUAGUUGGUAUGGAAGAAAACACUGGAGGAAUUAAAGAUAAAACAAUUGAAAUUAUUGAUGAAGUUAAAAAGAAUAAUGAGAAAUAUUUCUGGGAAUUAUGUUGGGAUAUAUUACGUUCAAAUAGCAUUAGUAGAAAACCAUUAUUAACGUAUAUGUUACUUAAACUUGAUUGUCCAAUAAAAGAAGAACAAUUAGCAAAUAGAGAAUUAAUGUUAUAUGGUAUUUUAAAUACAUUUACUGAUGAAAAAUCAUUAGUAUUAAGAGACAUGUUAGAUAUUUUAUGUACAAGAAUAAAAUUAAAUAGUGGAAUAUUUAAUGAAGAACAAUUUAAAUAUAUUGUUGAACGAAUAUUAAUAUUAUUAAAUAAAAAGGAUAGUGCAUUAACCAGAAGGGUAAAUUUUUAUCUUUUAGGAUUAAAUGCUAAAGACCAAGACAUAGAAAAAGAAAAGAUGGUAAUAUUUUAUAAAGAAUAUUCACAAAAUAUAUUUGAAGAAGCACUAACAGAUUUGUUUGAAUAUUCAAAGAAAAAUGGAAUAUUAAACAUAAUAUCUGUUUAUGAAGAAUUACUUGGUAAACAAAUACUUGGAGAACAAAUUAUUCAUAAAGUUACUGAAGACAUACUUUGUUUACUUCAAUUAAAAGAAGAAACAGGACAAAGAAAAGAUGUAGACUUAUUAGCAGAAUUUCUCAAAAACAUGAAUUGUAAAAUAUUAUUUGAAAAUAUUAUUAAUCUUAUUUCAAACGAUAAAGAAUAUGCUAUUAAAAGAACAUUGUCUUUUAUCAAUACAUAUCAUGGAGAUGAAAAACAAAUGGAAGAAAUGAAAGAAUUUAAAAUAAAAGUUGUUUGUUCAGUAUUAAAUAAAUUGUCUGAAAUUGUAGAAAAGAAUGGGUUAAUUGAAAGAGUAAAAGAAUGUUAUGAUUUAAUAGAACUUUGUCUUAAAGAUAAAUUAGAAGAAACUGAAGAAAAAGAUAUUGAAUUAUUGAAAAUUACUAUUCAAUCAAAUAAAGUAUUUGAAAUGUUUAUGAAAAAUUAUAUUGCAAAAGAUGAUAGAAUAACUGAGACUAAAUUAAAAUUAUUUACAGAAUUUUGUAAUAUAAUGAAAUUACUUCAUGCAGAAAUUACUCCAUUUAAAAGAUAUCAAAUACAAAAUAAUAAUGAAGAAUCUAAUGAAGAAAAUGAAAAAGAAGAAGAAAUAGGAAUUGAAGGAAUUCAAAUAUUAUUAAAAAAAGAAUUAAAUAAUAAUGGAUGGAUAGAUGAAUUAAAAAGACUUAUCUCACAACAUCCUAAUGCAGUAUUACGUGCUAGAGCAGCAAAAUGUUAUUAUGAUAUUUGGAAAAAAGAAGAAAAAGAUGUACUUCAACUUGAUGAUGAAACAUUUAUUUAUGAAUUAUAUCAAGUAUUAUGGAAAAUAUUAGAUGAAGAUAAUUACUCAAUAUUAACUGAUGUUGUAUUAUUUUUCCAUACUAUAGGGAUUGCUCAUCCACAACUAACAUAUGACUUUAUUACAGAAAAAUUAAAAGAUGGAAAUGAAGAUGACUUAUUAAAAUAUAUGUUAUUUUGGAAAAAUUCAACAGUAUUAGUUUACGAUAUUGAAAAUUCAGUUUUUAAUAGAGCAUUAUUAUUAUUUUUAAGAUUCUAUAAUCAUCAGUCAUGUGAUCCUUAUUUCCUUGAUUUUAUUCAAUGUUCAUUUAAUGUUGAAACAAUUGGUCGUGUUGUUUUACCAAUUCUUAUUCCUUUAUAUAUUCCUCUUGAAAAAAGAACAAAAUAUUGUAAUUUUGAAGUAAAUGAUGACCUUCUGUUAACACAUCUUAACAUGAUUGAAACUUUAUUUAGUUGUAUUGAUAAUAAAAUGAUUGAAGCUUUAGAAGGAGCAAUAGUUCCAAAAUAUUUAUUAAAUAAAUAUAAAGAAAUUAAUCCUCAAAUUGAACAAUUACCAGAACCAAAUAAUCUUCUUUUGUUUAUUAUUACUACAUUAAUGAUUUAUUUAAAAGCAAAUAAAAAAAUUGUUAAUAACUCAAAUAAGAAUGUAAUUUUUAAAUAUCAAUCAUUAAUAACUGAUAUUUUAAUUAAUAUUUUUACUAAUUAUCAAGAAAAUCAAACAAUAAAAAAAAUUGGUAUUUCUAUUCAAUAUACUGUAUUAUCUUCAUUUGCUGAAUCUAUUACAUCUUCUCCUAAACUACAACUUCAUUUAUUAUCUUUAGUUAAAUUGUUAAUGAAAGUUAGUGAUAUUACUCAUCCAGAUGAAUGUAUUACUAGAUAUCCUUUAUUUAUUCAAACAUUAAUUAGUGGAAUUUCUCAAGAAAAGAAUAUUUAUCGUCAACAUUUUCUUAGAAUGAUUGAUGAUUGUGUUUCUUAUAUUCCAUCAACAGAAUAUAAAACUUCUGUAGUUUUAUUGAUUCAAGCAUUAUCAACUAUUCUCAAUCAAAUGUGUAGUAUUAUUUCUCCUCAAAUUUUAUUAUUGUGUGAUGAAGUUAGUCCAAUAAUCGAUAUUCAAAGAAAGCUUUUUGAAUAUUCACUAAAUUUAUUCCCCUAUAAAUCAUUAUAUGAAGAAAAUUCAAAUCCUCAGUCUCAACAAGUUAGUGCAGGUCAACAAAUAGGAAAUGCUGUUCUCUUUGUACCUAUGUUAGUUGUUUCAGUAUUUUUUGAUGUUAAAGGUACAAAAGAAAAACAACCAAUUCAAAAAUAUUUCCUUACUUCAACAAUAAAACAAAUCAUAUUAACAUAUUUCGACUUAUAUGAAUUUUGUAUGAAAGCGACAAACUUAUUCUUAAUUCAAACAAAUUGUGUUGCUUUUAUUGAAAAAGUCUUUAACACUUUUCCUUUAGAAUUUGUUUCAAAUUAUCUUAUUAUUACAAAUGAAUUCUCUGAUGAACACAUUUCUUUAUUUAAGUCAUUUGAUAAAGAGUCAAUUGUAAAAAUGUUAUGGUCUUUAUUAGUUAUUAGUGAAACAAAUAUGUUCUUAGAAAUUCCAAGAAAACAAAUAUUAAAUUUCCUUCAAAUUUUAAUUUCAAAAAUUAUUUCUCCAAUAGAAAUUUAUCGAACUCAAAUGUAUAUUCAAUCAAUCAUUAAUUGUUAUAUUAAUAAUGAUGAAUUAAUAUUUUCUAAUAUUCAUACAAUUAAAGUUUUUUUGGAUUCUAUGAAUCAAAAUGAUGUUAAACUUCAAACAAAACUUGAAACUGGUUGGCAAGAAUUAAUCACUAAUGUUCUUAAUAAGUUUAUGCUUUUUAUUCAUCAAUGGAAAGAAAAUAAUCAAACAAUUAAAAUUAAUCAAAAAAGAAAAAGUAUUUCAUCUGUUUUAUCAACACCGGAACAUCUUAGUGAGUCAAGUGAAGGUAAAACACCAAGAACAAGUGAAGUUAAUGAGAGUAAAACACCAUCAAAAAAUAGUGAAGAGAGUGAACCAAAUAUUGUUAAUAAUGAAUUACUGAUUAAUUCUGAUGUUAUAAACAUAGUCACAAAUGAUAUUAUUCCAAUUAUUUCUUUUGUAUUUGAUGAUUCUUCUAUUUCAACAAUGAUUGAUUUAGGAAAACAAUUUGAAAAUAAUUUACUUCAUCCUUGUAAUGAUAUGGGAAUAAAUAUUGCUUCUCUUAAUGUUCUCAUUGAAUUAGCAAAAAGAAACCAAUUAACAAAUAAAUGGAGUAAACUUGUAAUAAAUGUUUUUACAAAUGAAGAUUUCUUUACUAAAUCUCCAACAUUAUUAAAUUUAUGGAAAAUACCAAUAUAUUCAGUUUAUACAACUAAUGGAGCACGUCUAUUAUUUGAUAUGAUUAAUAGUAUUGGUAAAUCGGGACAAUUAUUUACUACAAAAGAAAAUGAAAUUCCAACACGAGCCAAAAUAUUUAAAAGAGUUGCAUUUUUAUUACUUUCUGGAGAAAAUGAAGUGUUUGAUACUUUUAUGGAUCAAAACCAAUUAUUAGUUGAAAUUUUAUUAGACAAAUUAAUUGAUACUAUAAAACAAUAUCCAUGUACACAAAUUUAUAUUAAUGGUUUAUUAUUAUUGAAAGUAAUGUUAUUAAAAUGUUCAUUCACAAGACUAAAAAAGAGAAUGCCUACAAUAUUAAAUGAAUUAAUAACAAUAUUCAAUUUACCAUUUGACAAAGAUCCAAUGAUUAUUCUGAGUGGAUUACAAUUAUUUGAUAUGUUACAAAUUAUUCCAGAAUGUUCAGUUGAUAUUUAUUCUUGGAUUUUCUUUUUACCUUAUUCACCUGAUGACCUUAUUAAGUCAAAGUUUAAACCACUAAUACCAGUAUUAACAUUGAAAAGUGAAGUUGAUUGUUCUGUUGAUAAACCAGAUAUUACAUACAAUGGAUUGACUCAACUCAGAGAGCUGAUUGUCAAAGAUAAGUUUAUUAAUGAUAUGCAAGAAUAUCAAAUUUUACGAAUGAAAUUAAGUUAUUAUACUAAAGAUCUUUAUCGAAUGACUUCUCGUUCAGAUAAUACUAAUUUUGAUUCAGUAGCUAGAGAUAUUAUGGAAACUUUUUUGAAAUAA